GCCGAGGCCGAGGUCUUCUACUGCUUUAGCGAAGUAAUGCAGCAGCAACGCGAUGCCUUCUGUAAAGCUCUUGAUCCGACGGAUGCUGGAGUGCGUGGCCGUCUCGCGCGUCUGGACGCCUUGAUUCGACACCACGACGAGGAGAUUUGGAUGCAUCUCAACUCCCUGGGCGUUGAGCCGCAAUUUUACGCAUUGCGAUGGCUGCUGCUGAUGCUGACGCAAGAGUUUGAAAUGCCGGAUGUGCUCUCCCUAUGGGACAGCUUUAUAGCGGACUCGGGGCGGCCGUUGCCACUGCUGUAUUACGUUUGUGUUGCGAUGAUUAUUUGGCUCAAGCCAGCUCUAUUAGCCGGAGAUUUUACAGCCUGCAUGAAGCUGCUGCAGCACCUGCCGUCCUUUGACCCGAAGGCCCUCCUUAGCUCAGCCAUGCGGCUGCGCGCCGACGACCUGCUGGGCAGUCGGUCCACAGUCCGGAGCGCACCGACGGCAGUCGCGGAGGGAGUGGCUGAGAGGGAUCUGAGGGAAAUGGCCCCUUUCCAAGCUGUAGAUUCCCAGCCCGCGAAGCCCUUUCCCCCUGCGGGUUCUCCCUUCACCAGCAGUGAAGGUUUUGCAUCCGCACACAGCGAGGUGCCGCUUCGGAGGGGUGCUGACUGGGCACUAGGGGAAGCGAGGGCGUGGAAAGUGGAGACUCAAGCAGCGAAUGCACAUCGCAGUAAAUGGAUGAUGCCGAAGGACUCCAUAGAUAACUCGGAAGCUGCAUUGGGGCAUCUUAAGCGCCUUGCUGGCGUGGGUGUAGAACACGCAUACAAAGGCGCUAGUGUUGUGUCGCAAUAUCUCAGCAACUCCGGGUUGGCGCAAGGUCUGGCCUCCAACAUUACAUCUUUCUUCUCGUCAGAGCCUGGAGCUAGCAGCCCAACAUUAUCGGUAGCACCGAGUGGAAAGUCAAGCACUGCGGAAGUGAGGCAUUCGGCGGCAUCUGACAUCGGAGAGUUGUCCUCCCCGACAGUGCGGCGCGGCCAGACACGUGACCUCCAUCCGGCGGGUUAUGGUUCUUCAGCUGCAGUUGCAGCAGUUAAGAAGGGUCGCAGGGAGGACUCUCCGCCCACGCUAAUAGAGUACUCCAGUUCCCCCCAAACGCGUAUUGCUAGUGGCGAAGCAAAGCAUUCUCCAGGUGCACAGCCCAGCUUCUCGCGACUGGAACCGCCGAUUCCAGAAGACUUGUGGAUAGCUGACCCUCCACCGUUCACGGGCGAACGACGCCUCGACUCAGAUGAGCCCCUGAGCACACCUCGUAGCACAGACACUAAUGAAUCCAACUCUUCUUCGGGGAAUGAACCGGAUAGAAAUGCGAGAUGCCAACCUUUAAAGCUUAAGAAGGGAUGUGCAGUCAGACGAGUGAAUAUACCAGCAAUAGCGGUCUCCGAUAUUUUUAUAGGGCUAUGGGGCUCCUCAUGGGGGUUUGCCGAGUGGGUUGAAACGAGUUUGGAAUUGACAGAUAGUGGGGGCUUCUGA